GCAGACCGUGCCCCCCCACCCGACAGGGCCCGGACACGAAGGGCGUGGUGGAAGAGGGGCGUGGGCGGCCCGCCUCCAAGGUGUCCAAGAUCGCGGGCAUGUUCCAGGCCGGCGGCGGCGGGGAGGAGGGCUGCGGCGGCGGUGGGGCGGGGGAGGGCGGCGCCCCUAGCGGCCCCUCGGCGGCCACGGUGGUGCGCACGGAGUCCCACCUGGCGCGCUUCAACACCGCCCGCGCCCUCUUUGAGAAGAUGGGCCAGGGGGACGCGCGCCCACAGCGCACCCGCACCGCCGCCCCCGCCACCGCCAGCCUCACCAACAAGGCGCCGCCCGCCAAGGCUGAGCCCGAGGCCCCCCGGGGCGUUGCGGUCCGGGCGGGGGUGGGGCGGGGCGGGGACUGUCUCCUCAGCCCCCAGGGGGACUCCCUCUCGCCCUCGUCCUCCCGCUCCGCCUCGCCCAGCCCCGCCCGCCCCGCCGCCAACGGCCACGCCCACCACGACGACGGCUCGCGGGGCGGCCUGGCGGGCCUGGGCGGGCUGAGGCGGCCCGGCUCGGCCUCCAGCCGCUCCCUCUCGGCCUCCAGCACCGACAGCGACCCGCCGGGCCGCCGCUGGCCGCCCUCCGCCCGCGCCGCCGACCCCGCCGACCCCAGCAGGCCAGCCGAGCAGCCCGACGCGCGCCGCUGGCCGCCGCACCGCGCCGCGGACCCGCCGCAUCGCGCCGCGGACCCACCGCGCACCAACGGGGAGGGCACGGGCGUGAGGCGAUCGUCGCGGCCCGAGAAGCCCGCCAAGCCCGACACCCUGGCCGACCGCCGGGCGGCGGCGGCGAGCCACGACGCGCACCAGGAGCUGCUGGCGCGGCACAAGAACUGGUUCCAGUCCUUCGCCAAGAACCGCCAAUCGGGGCCCGGCAGACCCCCCUCCCCGGGCAAGGCCGACCCCCGCCCCGCCUCCCCCACCAAGGGCGAGGCCACCCGGGGGGAGCCGCGCCCCGAGGACUGGCGCGCCGCCCUCAACACCACCGCCAGGACCGACCUCAGGUCACCCCGCGGCGGCCCCCACGCUGACGACACCACCACCACCACCGCGGAGGACACCACCACCACCACUACCACCCCCACCACCGCCCCCACCAUCACCCCCACCAACAAUAACAUCACCACCGCGCCCCUUGCCAACAACAAUAACAACAACAACAACAGUACCUGCCUCACCACCACCACCACCACCACCACCACCACCGCAGCCAGCAGAGUCACCGCGUCACCGCCACCACCGUCAGCCGCGGCAGCAGGGGGGGGCGGGGGCAGCAGCGAGCAGGAGGCGUGGACCAGCGUGCUGCAGACCAGAUAUGGAACACGGACGCGACCUGACAUAUACUCCCCCAGGCUCCGCGGUGACAGCCUUGACAGCAGCAGCGGCGGCGGCGGCGGGGACUGGCGAAGGGAGCGAGCGGCGAUUCUCUUAGGCAGGUCAGGUCAACGCCACAGCACGAGCGAAGACGACGUGGUCACCAAGGGCUACACCAGGACCCUGCACCACGACGCCCCCGCCCCCCACGGCCCCCCCGCCCCCCCGCGGUUCGAAGACGCCCACCUUACAAUCUGGCUGGUCACCCCUCACAAGUAUGGGCUGGCGGAGGGCGGCAAGACGACCCCAUCCCUGCCUCCUCCCCCUUAA